AUGGAGAAAGUAAAAGUUGGAUAUAUUCUCAUCAUCAACAAUAUCAGCAGAUCAGAUGAGGCAGCAUACUUCUGUGGAAUAGGAACAGUGUAUGAGAUGAAGUUUAGAAAUGGAACAUUUUUGGCUGUAAAAGGUGUCAGUCAGAAGAGGUCACACUACCAGACUGUAGAGCAACAGCCAGUGUCUGACCCAGUCCAACCAGGAGACUCUGUGACUCUACAGUGUACAGUACUCUCUGAGACCUGUACAGGAGAACACAGUGUGUACUGGUUUAGAGCCGGAUCAGGAGAAUCCAAUCCAGGAGUCAUUUACACCUCUGGGAAAAGGAGUGAUGAGUGUAAGAAGAGCCCUGAGACUCCCUCUCCUACACAGAGCUGUGUCUACAGCCUCUCCAAGAACAACCUCAGUCUCUCUGAUGCUGGGACUUACUACUGUGCUGUGGCCACAUGUGGGGAGAUCCUGUUUGGCAAUGGAACUAACCUAAAUAUUGGAAGAUCUCUGGAUCAUUUUGUCAUUGGACUGGGAGUGACAUCGGUUUUCUGUGUGAUUGUAAUCAUUGUCCUCAUCUUCACCAGAAAUACAAAGACAUUUUGUGAACAUUAUCAAGUGAGUGUUGCACAGCAUAUUGGACAUGACAACACAACCACCGAAUGUGAUCAGGAUAAAGAUGGAGUUACAUUGAAUUAUGCUGCAUUGAAUUUCUCUGAGAGGAAAACUAAAAGAGGAAGAAAGAAGAAAGAGACACAACAGGAGACUGUGUACUCUGAUGUCAGAUACUCAGACUGGGACUGAACAUUGUUUAUGUGCAGAGGAAUGGAUGUAGUUUGGUCAAGAAACUCUUGUUAAGAUGUAUAUAAUGUAUUCAGACAGUCAUGACAUUUGAUACACUAUAAUGUAUCAUAGAAUAAGCUUGUUCUUCUAGGAGUGUUCUCUAUCAGAGCACCACUGUUAUGGAAUGGCUUGUCCUGUGAGGUAGAGGGCCAGAAACCAUUGAGGUCUUUAAAUCAUGCCGGAAAAUCUACCUUUUUAGCUUGGUCUUUAAUCUUAAUCUGUGAUUGUAUUGUUAUUUUAGACUUCCUUAUUGAUUCUAUAUUCUUCUCUUGUAUCAUAUCUCUUGCAUCUCAGCCUUUUGCUUAGACAUACUGUUUAACUGUGAGCCAACUCAGUGGCCUUGUGCUUAUUGUCCACCGUGAGAUUAGAGGGUUUGAUCCCCGGUCGAGUCAUACCAAUUACUCUAAAAAUGUGCCUGCAUAACAGAAUGGUGCCUGCAUAACAGAAUGGUGCCUGCAUAACAGAAUGGUGCCUGCAUAACAGAAUGGUGCCUGCAUAACGGUAUGGUGCCUGCAUAACGGUAUGGUGCAUGCAUAACGGUAUGGUGCCUGCAUAACACUAUGGUGCCUGCAUACCACUAUGGUGCCUGCAUAACACUAUGGUGCCUGUAUACCA